AGUAUAAGUAUAGAGGGUGAGUUCUUGAAUUCCUCUUCCAGUAGUCCAAACUCAAAGGUGCUCAAGUUGUUUCUCCAAAAACCCACCUCUUUGCUUCAGAACCGCCAUAUCCACAAACAUUGCAAUUUUUUUGCUAGCAAUGGCUCACCAUCUCCCUGCUCAGAAUAUUAUCCUCAUCACGUACGGCACCCUCCAAGUGUUGAUUGGACUGGCAUCCCUUUGGCAGCAGUGGCAUCAUUGCCGUGUGAAUGUCAUGGGAAUGCGAGGGAGAGGUAAUCUCAUCCAGAACUUCGGUUCAAGGAUGUCACUACGUUUGAAAGGGGCAAAUUGGAUCAAUAUGAACUGCAAUAGGCUACAACGCGCGCUCUUCAAGUUGCAAUGGAAGCAUCCAACAACUUGGCAUCCGUAAUUAGGCUCGUACUUCGAUGGUAACUCAUCGCAUAUCAAAAUCUCAAUUUCUUCG